AUGCAAAAACUCUUUCUAUCUGCAUUCCAUUCCGCCCCCUUCAACCUCACUCGCGAACCAGUCAUCCUCCCUGGAAUCUCAGAAGACGAACUCUGUAUCCUUCGCGAAAAGGCUGCUGCUAGCUGCAUCGGCGUCGUCGAGACAAUGGUCCCUCGAUCCCCAUCGUUCGCUUCCUUCACCACCGCCACGACUGGUGCCCCCCCGACGUCGACAGUCUUUUCAACCAGAGCCGUUUCGGCCGCUUAUUAG